AUGUCCCUCUACCACGAGACAGCCGCCAUCCUCACGGGCGGCGCCGGUGGUCCCACCGCCUCCCACGGCGGCAGUCUCAAGUCGCGCAUCUUCAAAGACAAGUCCCUCAAGUCGCCUCCUGCCCAAGUCUACGCUUUAGCUCUCGAAACCAGCAAAUGGAGCGCCAUCCUCAAGGAAGUCGUCGAGGCCGCGGACCUGCUCAAGCACGAGCGAAAACUCACGCCCGUUCUCUCGCUCCUGCUUGUGCACGACCUGUUGCUUUCCAAGUCGGGAAUCGCCCUGCCCGCCACCCACGGUCUGAGGGUUUCCAUCGAGAGGCACAAAGCCCGUCUGAAUUCGGAGUUUGUGAGGGCCCGGAUCAGACGCAAGUGCACCAGCCUGGACGCGCUGCGGACGCAGGUGGAGAUUGAGGCCAGGGGCGGAUGUCCGGUGCAUCCUAGAUGGAUCCGGGUGAACACGCUGAAAUCGACGGUGGAAGAGCAGCUGGCUACGACGUUCAAGGGGUGGGAGGUUGUGGAAACAGUGGCGGAUGUUAUCAAGGCCGCUGAUGCUUUUGGUUCUUCUUCUUCUUCUUCUCAACAAGGAGGAAAGCGGGGGAAGAAGGUGAUUCACAUCGACGGCCACAUUCCCAACCUCAUCGCCGCCUGCCCGGGGGUAGCAGACUUCACCAAGACCGAGGCCUACAAGUCCGGCAAGAUCAUCUUGCAGGAUAAGGCGAGUUGCUUUCCUGCUUACUUGCUUGAUCCCAGGCCGGAGAGGGACGGAGACGUCAUGGACACGUGCGCGGCGCCGGGGAACAAGACGACGCAUUUGGCGGCGAUUGUGGCAAGCAGGGUGGAGGAUGGGAAGGCGGUUGUUUUUGAUGGUUCCUCAAAAACUUCCAAGAAAGGAAAGGGAAAGAAGAAGAACGACAAGGCUGAAACGACAACGACAACGCCUACAACAAUCUACGCCUUCGAAAAAGACCCCCACCGCGCCAAAACCCUCCAGAAAAUGGUCAAAACCGCCGGCUCCGACACCUUCACCGUCGUCAACGCCGGUAAGGACUUUCUGAAAGUUAACCCUUUGGACACCAAGUACCGGAACGUGGGCGCUUUACUUCUUGACCCAUCUUGCUCCGGUUCGGGAAUCGUCGGUCGUGACGACGCGCCCACCCUCCAUCUACCAUCCGGUCCUUCCUCCUCAUCCUCCUCAUCCUCCUCCGGCCCUACUCCCGCAUCCAAGACAGGUCCCAAGGGGAAAGCGAACAACAAGCGCAAGCAACCCCCAACUACGGAAACCAAGGAGGAGGAACCCCCAAUCAAAAAAGUCCUAAUAGACGACGACGGCCCCCUCGAAGCGCGCAUCGCAUCGCUCGCCUCCUUCCAGUUGGUCCUGCUGCAACACGCCAUGUCUUUCCCUGCCGCCAAGCGCAUUACUUACAGCACCUGCUCCAUCCACGCCGGCGAAAACGAGCACGUCGUCUUGCGCGCUCUGGCGUCGGACGUUGCGAGAAGGAGAGGGUGGAAGAUACUAAAGCGGGAAGAACAAGUGGACGGGAUGAAGCGGUGGGAUGUUAGAGGCGAAGCCGGCGAAGCGAUGGCGGUGGAGGGGGUAACUGAAAAAAUGGACGAGAAAGAAAAGGAGGAGGUGAGGGAUGCGGUUAUCAGAGCUUAUUAUCGGGAUGAUGGAAGGGGAGUCAUGGGCUUCUUUGUGGCGGGGUUUGUGAGGGAUGGGAGCGUGGAUGAUGCUGUUUACUUGAGUGGUGGUGCUGGGACUGGGACUGGGACUGGGAAGCAUGAAGAAGAAGGUGAAGGGGCAGAGGAAGAAGACCCGGAAGGACCAUUCGUGAGGGAUGAGCAAGGGAGGAUUGUCAGAGAUGAGAAUGGGAUUCCUACGUUGAAGAGUACGGGGAAGAAGGCGGUGGAUUUGAAGGAGUUGGAGGGGGUAGAAGAUGAGAGUUCGGUUGAAUAUCAGGUUGAGGGUGGCGAUGACGAAGAGCCAUAUCAGAGGGAUGAGGAAGGGCAGAUUGUGAGGGAUGAGGAGGGGUUGCCAGUUUUGAAGGAGGGGAGGAGGUGGACGGUUGUUAAGGGGGGAGAGGGGCAAGUGAAAGAGGAGGAGGAGGUGAGUGAUGAAAGUGAGAGUGAGAGUGAGAGUGAUAGUGAGAGUGAUAGUGAGGAGGAUGGUGAAUGGGGUGGCUUUGAUGAUUAG